AUGAAAAUGAAACUUCAACUGGUAUAUGGAAAAAGUAUGUUGUUACAAAUAGAAAUCCAAAUUGACAACAUAAAUGAAAGUUUUCAGUUACCAAAAGGGUGGAUGUUAAAAGAGAAACAAAUCUUUGGAGGCAAAGGAACUGGAAAAAGAAUGAUUAAAAAGAUAAAAAAAUCAGGAGGAAUUGAAGAACAAGACAUACCAAAAACUUUUACAAUUCAGGACUGGAUUAGUAGGUAUGCGACAGCAUUAAAAGACCAAGCUACAAAGACGGCACUUCAAAAUAAGAAAUAA